AUGGCCGUGGUGCCCGAGAGUGGCUCUCCGCGGAGAAGGAGAGUAUCUCCUCGGCGUGAAGCAGCAGUGGUGAAGAGGCAGGCCUUAGAGACGCGAGCCCUGUACGCCUCGCCGAAUUUGGAUGCUGCUCUGGAGUUCCAGCUAUUCAGUGACUUUGACUUUGAACGUAGUGAUAGCUUAAAUAAAUGGGCCUGUCCGAGGUGUGGGAUACAGCUGCUAUCAACUUUAUGUACAGAAGAAACUAGCAUAGUCGUCUUGCAAAGUGGAAGACAAAUUGUAGGUGAUGAUGAUGGAGGAAAGCUCUUUACCCCUGAGGAAUAUGAGGAGUACAAAAGAAAAGUAUUACCAAUUCGUUUACAGAACAGGUUGUAUGUGAGCUGGAGAUCACCAACUGGCAUGGACUGUAAACUUGUGGGACCAGAGACACUGUGCUUUUGUACUCACCGGUAUAAACAACACAAAACGGACUAUGAAGUGAUUCCCAAAGAUCGUCCUGUUUGUGUGCCUUGUCGAGUGAGCCGUUGUCCGUGCCAGUCCUAUCACUAUGUCCCUCUAAAUGGCACACAGCCCAUCCGUUGUAGAUGCAAACACUUUGCUGAUCAGCACAGCGCAGCACCUGGAUUUUCGUGUAACUCUUGUUCCAAGUGUUCGGGCUUUCAUAGUUGCUUUACCUGUGCAUGUGGUCAGCCAACAUACGCUCAUGAAACAGUCGUGGAAACUAAACAAGAGCGCUUAGCCCAAGGAAAGCCUGUGGGGCAGGAUGUUCCUUAUGCUGCUAUGGGAGGACUGACUGGUUUUAGUUCACUAGCAGAAGGCUACAUGAGACUUGAUGACAGUGGAAUAGGGGCUCCUUCUGCUGAACUUUUAGAAUCCCCUGUUACCAGCAUGGAUCAUCCAUUUCUAAAAGCAUUUCAGGGACCUUCUAGUUCUGCUCAAACCAUCUCACAGAUAGCAGGUGGUUCGAGUGCCACAAGGCAAGUUUCUCAUGGAAAGCAUUCAGAAGAUGAUGACAUGGCUUACUUUGAAAAAUGUUAUCAAGAGCGGCUGAAAAAGGAGAAGGCUGCUAAAUGGAAAGAGAAAAGUCCAGUGUCAUCAAAGAAGCCGUGA